AUGGCGGCGGCGGCGGGAGGAGCGGGGAGCGCGAAGGGCGCGAGCCUGGCCGCGGCGGUGCGGGCCGUGGCGGCGACGGCGCGCCCGGCGUCGAGCGCCGCUGCGGCGGCGGGGGUCAGCGUGGCGGCCCUGCUCGUGCAGGGGGACGACACGGCAUUCGGGUCGCUCGAGUGGUGGGCCUACGCCGGCAUCUCCUGCUUCCUGGUGCUCUUCGCCGGGAUCAUGUCGGGCCUCACCCUCGGCCUCAUGUCGCUCGGCCUCGUCGAGCUGGAGAUCCUCCAGCGCAGCGGCACCGACUCCGAGAAGGCGCAGGCUGCUGCUAUCCUUCCAGUUGUUCAAAAGCAGCACCAGCUUCUUGUCACCCUGCUACUAUGUAAUGCUGUUGCCAUGGAGGCGCUUCCUAUAUUUCUUGACAGGAUUUUUCAUCCUGUUGUUGCUGUUGUCUUGUCAGUGACAUUUGUUCUCGCUUUUGGAGAGGUUAUACCUCAAGCAAUCUGUACAAGGUAUGGGUUAGCCGUGGGCGCUAACUUUGUAUGGCUUGUACGUAUCCUCAUGAUCAUGUGCUAUCCUAUAUCAUACCCUAUUGGGAAGCUCCUAGACUGCGCUCUUGGGCAUAAUGAAUCUGCGCUUUUUAGGCGAGCUCAAUUGAAAGCCCUUGUUUCCAUCCAUAGUAAAGAGGCUGGUAAGGGUGGAGAGCUUACCCACGAUGAGACUACAAUCAUAAGUGGAGCAUUGGACUUGACUGAAAAGACUGCCCAAGAAGCUAUGACACCUAUUGAAUCAACUUUCUCAUUAGAUGUGGACUCCAAGCUUGAUUGGGAAGCAAUUGGUAAAAUUCUUGCCAGGGGCCACAGCCGGGUGCCUGUAUAUUCAGGAAACCCCAGAAAUGUUAUUGGGCUCCUGUUGGUGAAAAGUCUUCUGACAGUUCGUGCUGAAACAGAGACACCAGUUAGUGCAGUUUCCAUUAGAAGGAUUCCAAGGGUUCCUGCGGACAUGCCCUUGUAUGAUAUAUUGAACGAGUUUCAGAAAGGGAGUAGCCAUAUGGCUGCUGUUGUGAAGGCUAAACCCAAGAACUUUCCAGGUCCUGACAAAACUGAACCAAACAGGGAAGUAGAUGGGGAAUCACAGCUGACUGCACCCUUACUCUCCAAUGCUGAAGAAAGGAUGGAAAAUGUGGUUGUUGACAUUGAAGCUCCACAGAGCAGACAGGUCAAUGGAAACAAACCUGUGGCAAGGUCUUCAGAGGAUAUAGAGGAAGGCGAGGUCAUUGGUAUCAUCACACUUGAAGAUGUAUUUGAAGAACUAUUGCAGGAAGAGAUAGUUGAUGAGACUGAUGAAUAUGUUGAUGUUCAUAAAAGAAUCCGUGUAGCUGCUGCUGCUGCCGCAUCAUCCGUUGCAAGGGCUCCGUCAGUUAGGAGAUUAACUGCUCAAAAGGCUUCAGGAGCGCAGAGCCGGCCAGGACAGGCUGGACAGCCUACUGGAAUUUUGAAGAAACCUACUGAUGGUGAUUCAAACCCAUCAAAACAGGUGAACCUUGUUGAACCUCUGCUGGAAAAUAGGAGGUAACUUUAGAUGCAUUGCAUAAAUAUUGCGGUGGGACACAUGGGGCAUGUGGGGGGAAAAUGCCAUUCGUGCAAUAGCUGGUAAGAGUAAAUACGAGCGAGUUCAUUGUAAAUUUCAACAGUAGCACUUUGAACCUUGCCAUGAACGUGAGAGUUCAGUUUUUUGUUUUGUUUAUGGACUAUGAUAGUGCAUAGCGACUUUGAAUCUGUUGAUCACUGCGGCAUUAGCAACUACUGACAUUUGUGAAGCAUAGACCUGAAACUAUUGCAAAUGGUAAUCAGAUUGUACACUGCCCCGUA